CUCUCCAACGAUGCGCAGAAGCUGCUCGACGCGCUACCGCUGAUCCACUUGCUCUGGGCCUGCCCGCUGAUGAUCCUCGUCGCGGCGCUGCUGCUCGUCGACCUGGCCGGCGUGGCUGCGCUCGCGGGCAUCGGCCUGCUCCUGACGAUGAUCCCGCUCAACCUGCUGCUUGUGCGGCGCCUCAAGGCGGCGCGUGCGGCGCACCUGCCGCACUCGGACGCGCGGGUGGCGCGCUGCCUCGAGCUCGUCAAGGGCGUGCGCGCGCUCAAGUUCCACGGCUGGGACGCCGCCUUUGAGGCCGACCUGCUGGCGCGGCGCGAGAGAGAGCUCCCCUACAUCCGGACUGAGCUCGGCCUCUUCGCGCGCCUGAUGACGAUGACGAUCGCGCUGCCGCAGCUCGCGACAGCCCUCGCCCUCGCCGCCGCGGUGCUCACCUCGCCCUCCUCGCCGCUCACCGCCGACCUAGCCUUCCCCGUCCUCUCGCUCUUCUCGGUCGUCCGCUUCCCGAUCAUGUUCUUCGGCGAGCUCGUCGGACAGCUCACGCAGGGCGCGGUCGCGCUGAGGCGCAUCGGCCGAUUCCUCGCCCGCGCCGAGGCCGCCGCCGCGAAUCCGCGUUUGCGCGUGAGCCGUUCGAGGUCGGGCCGGCUCUCCGCGCCGCCGCCGCGCCGCGCCGUGCCGCCCGCCGCCAAGGCUCCGGCUGCGCCGCUCGCAAUCGAUCGGCUCUCUCUGCGCGUUGAGCGCGGGGAGCUGCUUCUUGUCGCCGGAGCCGUCGGGUGUGGCAAGUCCACCUUCCUUGCGGGCGUGCUGGGCGAGGCGGUCCUCGAGGCGGGCGGCGUGCGCACCUCGCCGGGCGAGGCAGUCGCCUACUGCGCGCAGACAGCGUGGGUGCAGCACAUGUCGGUGCGAGACAACAUCCUCUUUGGCUCCUCUUUCGACGAGGCGCGCUACACUGCCGUCGUGCACGCUUGCGCCUUGCGUGCCGACCUGGCGGCGCUGCCGCACGGCGACGCGACCGUCGUCGGCGAGCGCGGCGUGACCCUCUCCGGCGGGCAGCAGCAGCGCGUCGCGCUCGCGCGUGCCGUCUACUCUCGCCCGUCGCUGCUGCUUCUCGACGACGUCUUCUCCGCGCUGGACGGCUCGACCGGCCGGCACAUCUUCGAGGCGCUCUUCGAGGGCGCGUCGCCGCUGCUCGGCUCCGCCGCUGUCCUGCUCGUCGGCCACGCGACCCAGUUCGCGCCCAAGGCCGCCUCGUGCCUCGUGCUGCACGCGGGCCGCCCUCCUAACGAGGCGGGCGACGCGGCCGAGCCGGCAGAGGAAGAGGCGGUGGAGCUGGAGGCGGCAGAGGCGGCGGGGGCGGAGAAGUCUGUGGUCCCGGGGAGCGCGACGGGCGACUUUGCGCCCGAGGGGAGCGACGAGGUGCGACUCGGCGUGCGGACGAUGCUGGCGUGGGCACGUGCGGCGGGCGGGUGGAGAUGGUUCUUGCCCGAGCUCCUCUUCUUUGUCUGCGAGCGCUUCACUUACGUUGGUGCUGACUUCUGGCUCUCCGCUUGGACCGAGGCGGCGCCCGAGGCUGCAGGCGAGAGCAGCACCGCGGACCAACGCGCUCGACUCGCAGUGUACUCGGGCUUCAUCUUCGGCAAUGCCAGCUUUGCGUUUCUACGAACUUGGUGGUUCGUGAGUGGCGGCGCGGUGGCCGCUCGCUCCAUCUUCCGCCGCCUCCUCGGCGCCGUGGCGCGCUCGCCAAUGUCCUUCUUCGACACAACGCCGGUCGGCCGCAUCGCGGCGCGGCUGUCGUACGACACCGAGAUCAUCGACGGCCUGCUCGUGCAGAAGGGCCUGACCGUGAUUGCCUCCUCCUUCUGGCUCUUCUCCGGGCUCACGGUCGUGCUCGCCAUCGUCCCCGUCGUCGCAGUCGCGGUUGUCGUCUGCGCGGCAGUCUUCGCGGCCGUCCACAUGCUCUACCUGCGCUCGGGCGUGCAGAUGCAGCGCCUCUACGCGCGAGCGCAGGCGCCGCUAGUCUCUCUCAUCGAGGAGUCCGUCGCGGGCGGCGCGACGAUCCGAGCCUUCGGAGAGACGCACCGCUUCUCCUCCCGGCUGGCGCUGCUCAACGACGACGCGUCCACCGCCUUCCUCGCCUUCGUCGGCGUCGGGCGCUGGCUCGCCGUGCGUCUCGAGACGAUCGGCGCUCUGAUCUCCGUCUCGGUGUGCGUCGCGCUCUCCGCCCUGUCGGAGCAGCUGUCCGGCCCGAUCGCGGGCCUCGCGGUGAUCUGGUCCUUCAACCUGACAAUCACUCUCAACUUCCUCGUCCUCUCCACCUCAGAGCUCGAGGCGAAGGGCGUCAGCCUCGAGCGCGUGCUCGGCUACACCGCCCUGCCGCCCGAGGCGCCGCGCGAGCAGCCGGAGGCGGACGCGCAGGCCGAGCGGGAGGGGUGGCCCGUGCGCGGCGAGCUCCGCUUCGAGGCGGUGACGCUGCGCUACCGACCCUCGCUCCCGCCGGCGCUGGACGGCUUCAGCUGUACCAUCGCCGCGGCGGAGCGGGUGGGCAUCUGCGGCCGGACCGGCGCCGGCAAGUCGUCGGUCGCCGCCGCGCUCUUCCGGCUGGUGGAGGUGGAGGCGGGCCGCAUCUCGCUCGACGGGGUUGACCUGCGCACGCUCGGGCUGCAGCGGGUGCGCGGCCGCGCCCUCGGCAUUGUCACGCAGGAGCCCGUUCUCUUCCGCGGCGCCGUCCGGCGGAGCCUCGACCCGCUCGACCAGUUCACCGACGAGGCGCUCUGGGGCGCGCUGCGGGCCGUCGGCAUGGAGCCGGCGGUGCGCGGCCUCGCGGACGGGCUCUCGUCCGAGUCGGAGGAGGGCGGCGUCAACUGGAGCUUGGGCGAGCGGCAGCUGCUCUGCUUCGCUCGCGCGGUGCUGCGCGCGCCGCGCGUGCUCCUGCUCGACGAGGCGACUGCGAGCAUCGACCACGCCGCUGACGCGCGCAUCCAGUCGGCGCUCCGCACGACAAUGCGCGAGACGACGCUGCUGACGGUCGCGCACCGGCUCCACACGGUCGUCGACUACGACCGCAUCCUGGUGCUAUCGGCGGGGCGGUGUGUCGAGGCGGGCGCGCCGCACGACUUGCUGCGCCAGGAGGGCUCGGCGCUCUCAGAGAUGGUC